AGAUUGAGUGUUCCCAAUAAUCCCUUUCCCAGUCCUGCCUGCCAUCAGGGGUGGGGAGGGUUUGUACGUGGACUUCUGGGACACUGGCUGGGGUUUGAGGAGAGAACUCAGUGCCCAUCUAGCUGCAGGAUGAAGCUGGCCACUGGCUUCUUGAUUUUGUGGCUCAGCCUGGAGGGUGGCCGGGCUCAGAGUGACACCAGCCCUGAUGCAGAAGAGUCCUAUUCAGACUGGGGCCUUCGGCACAUCCGAGGCAGCUUUGAAUCCGUCAACAGCUACUUCGAUUCCUUCCUGGAGCUGCUGGGAGGGAAGAACGGAGUCUGUCAGUACAGGUGCCGAUAUGGAAAGGCACCAAUGCCCAGACCCGGCUACAAGCCCCAGGAACCCAAUGGCUGCAGCUCCUAUUUCCUGGGUCUCAAGGUACCAGAAAGUAUGGGCUUGGGCAUUCCAGCAAUGACCAAGUGCUGCAACCAGCUGGAUGUCUGUUAUGACAUCUGUGGUGCCAACAAAUAUCGCUGCGAUGCAAAAUUCCGAUGGUGUCUCCACUCGAUCUGCUCUGACCUUAAGCGGAGUCUGGGCUUUGUCUCCAACGUGGAAGUAGCCUGUGAUUCUCUGGCUGACACUGUGUUCAAUACCGUAUGGACCUUGGGCUGCCGACCCUUUAUGAAUAGUCAGCGGGCAGCUUGCAUCUGUGCGGAAGAGGAGAAAGAAGAGUUAUGAGGAACAGGGGAUUCCUUCCUGGUUUUGAGUGACACCACAGCUGUCAGCCUUAGAGACGGCAGCAUGACAGUUCUCUCAAACUGUUUCUUUGGUGUGUGGACACCACAAAGCAGGAGAAAGGAAACAUUGUUCUACAGCUGGGACAUGAGUCCCACCCUUUGAGGAAAACGGAGAAAAGGCGAGGAGUGAUUUGAAGGCUACCUUUCACUUCAACACCGGUCUCCUCAACCAAGACAUCUUUGCCUGGAAAUUCUCGAGUUCUUAGCUUAAAGACUAAAAUACAAGCAAACCCGGCAAUUCCUGGACCUGAUUAUUAUGCUCAUAAGUGAAAUUUUGGGGAGUCCGACCAUUUGGGAGUCAGUGACUUCCCUCUGGUCCGUGUUUCAGUUGCCAGCAAGCGUCUCAUGUUUAAUAAAGUGUACUUUUUAGAAAAUUUGGAAAGAGAUGAAUGAGUUCCAUUAUCACCACUCUGUUUCCAUUUUACUUAGAAGAGACCAGAACCCAACCUGGUAAGUUCCACUGAUGACAACAAUUAUUUCCAUUGAUGCCAAAGAGAGAAAAACAGGGUCGGAGGCUUAUCUGAUUAAGGCCAGUGGAAGUGAAGGUCAGAUGGAAUUAGGUCUCUGAGGUUUCAUUUUUUCCUCAGGUGACUUACCCCUGUUGGUAUUCCCGGUUACCACGUGGUGCUAGCGUCAGGCUAAGAUCUGAGAUGCACUUGGUUAAGUGCUACUGACGGAGACAGCUGGGAAAAGUCCCUGCAGCCUGUGGGGAGUGAGAGACAGAUGGCCCUGCCCUAGCUGUGGUUCUCAGCCCUGACUAUGGCUUGGAAUACCUGAGGA